AUGGCUACUCACGUCCUCACCACCACCACUACCACUCCCAACCAAAUCUCCAUCUAUGGCCACCCUUCUCCCGUCAACUCCACCACCACCACCCCCUCCAACAACUCUCCCACCUCGCCCCGUCAACAGUAUCUCCCGCUCGCCUCUCGUCAACUGCGCCCUCCCAAGGCCCCGCUCUAUGUCCCGGCUGCCUUGCGCCCGACCGAGCGUCCCCAGAAGGCCUCGCCGCCCUCGCCGCCCCGCAGCAUCCAUGGCUCAUUCGACAGUCUCGACGAGCAGGACCCCAUCUCUCGUCGCUCCACCAUCGACAGUGCCUCCAGCGGCGUCACCAAACUCGCCGAGCACGAGUGGAUGAAAUAUGAACACCUCGGCGAGGUCACCGGUUCUCCCACGAGAGAUCACUGGAAGGCGGACUCGGCCUCCCCCAACUGCGACUCCCCCACCUGUCGCUCCUCCUUUGGCCUCUUCCUGCGCCGUCACCACUGCCGUCACUGCGGCCACGUCUUUUGCUCCUCGCACACCCCGCACAUGGUCCCCCUCGACCAGGACGCCCGCUUCCAUCCCAACGGCGUGCCCUCGCGCGCCUGCGACCUCUGCUGGCACGCCUACCAGCGCUGGGAAGAGGGUCGCACUGAGCGCCUGAACAAGAUCCAGCAGCUCAUCGACGCGCAGCACCAGCAGGAAGCCACCCCCGAACCCGACACCGCCCAGCCCUCGCCGGACGAGGAUGCCAAGAAAGCGCUGGCCGCCGUGCUGGGCCCCAGCACGGAAAUCGCCGCCAGCGUUCCCCGCGGCUGGAACUGGAGCACCUUCUAA